ACGAAGCGAAGAAGAAGAAAGUAGACCAAGAGAGAGGAUACUGAGGUCACUAUGUGUGACCGCACAUCUGCAGUGUUGUCACUGUUCGUCGCGGCAGUGGUUCCGUUCCAUACCUCCCAUUCCUUUACACGUGGUGUCUGUUUGGUUCGGAGACGACCUUGUUGUUGUUUUCGAGUAGAAAAUGGAGACGUGUACGCGUGAAGGCGUGUUGGAGACGCUUUAUAACAGCGACGACGAGACUUCGAGUGAAGAAUACUCCAAUGAAGAUAGCUUUGAUGCCUCUGAAGAGGAGGCGUUAGAGGACGUAGAGAAUCCUGCAGGGGAGACAUCUGCCAUUGCCUCUUGCCCAUCAUCUAAUUCUGCUUCGGAGGCUUCGCUGGGUGCAUCUGUCCGCUCCUCUCUCCCAGCAGCCUGCAGCUCUUCUAACCUGUUAGGUCCUUUAGGCCUUUCCCCAUCUACAAGGCAGAAGAGAUCCAGAAGCAGUGGGAGGCCAUCACCAACAAAGAAUCCUUCAAAGAGGAGUGCACUCGCCCCACAGGAAGAUAGAUGGCAUGAUGACUCUGAGGAGGAUGUGUGCCCCCCACAGUUUCCAUUCUGUCCCAAGAGGAAUCCUGGAGCUCAGUUGGAUUUACAUAAGUCCUAUAGCCCCCUGAACAUUUUCCAGCUGUAUUUCUCACAUAAUGUACUUAAGACGCUGUGUACCAACACUAACAAGAAUGCUGCCCGGAAGUAUGCAGAGGGCUUAAAGAUAAAGAGGCCGUGGACCGACGUGACUCCAGAUGAGAUGCUCAACUACUUUAGCCUUAUUCUGUAUCUUGGCCUGGUCAAGGUGUCCUCUGCAAGAGACCUGUGGAAGAGGGAUGACCUUUACAGAUUUCCCUUUCCUGCCAGCAUCAUGCCAGGCGAUAGGUAUGAAGCUAUCACUGCAUUUUUACAUAUGAGUGACCCAGCUGGUGACGUGGUGAAUGAUAAGCUCCGUGGUCAGCCUGGUUUUGAUGGCCUUUUCCGCUUGAAGCCUCUCCUGGAUGACAUCCUCAUGGCCUGCAGGACAUACUACCACCCGCACCAAAACCUGGCAGUGGAUGAGCGCAUGGUAGCCACAAAGGCAAGGAUCAGGAUGAAGGAAUAUAUGAAGUACAAGACCACAAAAUGGGGUUACAAGCUGUUCGUCCUGGCUGACAGCCAGAGUGGUUACACAUGCGACUUCUCAAUCUAUGAGGGAAAAGCGCAGUGUCUGAGUGACAGUAGGCUGAGCUUUGAUGUGGUCGUCAACUUACUCAAGGUGCCCCGUCUUGGCACAGGGUACCAUGUGUUUGUUGAUAACUUCUAUACGAGCACUGCACUCUUUAACCAUCUCCACCAGCUGCGCUUCGGGGCCUGUGGGACUGUCCGGGAGAACUCUGUGGGGUUUCCACGUACGAAAGAGAAUGCAUUAACCAAGAAAUCUGCUCGUGGGGAAAUGCGCUGGAUCCGGGAGAGCCCUCUGCUCUAUGUGAAGUGGAAGGACACAUGCGAAGUCAUGAUGUGCUCCACUAUCCACAAAGCCAACAGCAGUGAUUUUGUGCGUCGCCGUGUCCGGAACCCUGACGGAACCUGGACAAAGAAGUCGUUUCCUGUGCCUGAGCCGGUAAAGGAGUACAACAAGUACAUGGGUGGGGUAGACCUCUCGGAUGCUCUCAUCAAGUACUUCUCUGUGGACCACAAGACUAGCCGGUGGUACAUGAAACUGUUUCUGCACUUCAUUGACAUUGCAGUGGUGAACAGUUUCAUCAUCUACAAAGAAAUGGCAGAGGUGAAGAAGCAGAAGCCCCUCAGCCAGAAGAAGUUCAGGAUGGUGUUGUGUCGCCAGUUGGCUAAAGUGGGGAAGGAGCAGCCAUCCACCUCCAUGGAGCCACCUGUUAAGGCAACCACUGUUUCUUUGGCACCGAAGAAAGAAGGAAAGCUUUUUGCAUGCUACCCUGCACCAGUCUGUGAGGUCUCCAGUGAUCGGUCUGUCAGAGCCACCAAGGGGAGGAGAAAAUGUGUGCAGUGCAAACUCUGCACCAUUUACAAGUGUGAGGCUUGUGAUGUGGCUCUGUGUAUAAUUCCAGACCGGAUGUGCUUCACACAGUGGCAUAAAGACAAGUACGUACGUAGUUGUAAAUCUAACAGAUCAGAAUCAGAAAAAUCGGAAAAUCGCAAAUCAGAAAAAACAGAAAAACGCAAAUCAGAAAACUGCAACUCUGAAACGUCAGAAGAACGAGACAACCGCAACUCCGAAACAUCAGAAGAAAGAGACACCCGCAACUCUGAAACAUCAGAAGAACGAGACAACCGCAACUCCGAAACGUCGGAAGAACGAGACAGCCGCAACUCUGAAACGUCGGAAGAACGAGACAGCCGCAACUCCGAAACAUCAGAAGAACGAGACAGCCACAACUCAGAAACGUCAGAACAAGACUGCCGCAACUCAGAAAUGCCAGAAGGAACAGACAACCACAACUCAGAAACGUCAGUAAAAAUUAAAUCAGAACUAUCAGAAGAAAUUAAAUCAGAACUAUUAGAAGAAAUUAAAUCAGAAAUAUCAGAAGAAAUCAAAUCGGAAAUACUGGAAAAACUAAUAUCAGAAAAAGCUGAAAUAUUGGAAAUGCAAAUAAAAGAAGAAAGCAGGAAUGACUAAAUUAAA